CCUCAAAUUGCCUAUCCUCUUUGUGGCGGCCAUAUUUACAGAAACAUAAUUAAACUUCAUGUUUAGGCUGAUGGCUUUGCCAAAGCCUUAAUAAAUUUAAAAAAAAAAUCCAAAGCCAUAACGCCAUAACCUAAAUUUUAUGUAGGUUGAGCUCGAGAAAAUAAAAUUAAACAUAAGAUAUAUUGUAGUGUUCCAUUAACAUGAAUCAAGCAGAAGUUACGAAAUUAGUAUCUAAGCUCCGUAUAAAAGUAAACCCGGAACCUCGAAGACUCCGAAAUGCCCAGGGCCCAGAAGGAAGAUUAAACAAAUUGCGUAAAACUGUAACAGGAUUAUUUAAAUACGAAAGGAUUGAGUUGACUCACAAUAGAGCCGACGAGGCUCGUCAGUACGCAGAAAGGGUAAGAUUGAUAUCAGAGGCCAUUCGGCAUGGAGAUUGCCACAAACCAACUAUGGAAAUAGCAGAUUUUUGGUUACUUGAAAAGGAAUUGGUACACAAACUUUUUAAAGUCCUAGUUCCUAGAUAUGAAAACUCCAACACAGCAUUCACACGUAUGUAUAAGGCUCCAAGACCAGAAUACAGCAGAAAUUAUGAGAUGGCCAUUCUAGAGCUCAAAGGAAAUCCUUAUCCCGCAUUAGUUAACAAACAGACACACAAUCGAUUAUUGAUACAAAAUGUUCUACUUGACGCUGCUAAAUAUGACUACAGACAAGCAAAAUAUGCUGAAAUGGCAAACAAAAUUGGAAAGGCCGAGGAGUCACAUAAGCAAUCAGAAAAAAACAGCUCUAUAAAAGCUAAUGUACUUGAGGAAAAAAGCACAGAAAGCUAGACUUAACCAAUAUAAUUAUAUUUUGUAGUUUCUUAGUUGUUACUGUUAUAUUAUGUACCUAAAUGAAGUGCGUAACAUGAAUUAAAUUGGUUUUAUGUCGUCAUUACACCACAUAACUUUUAUAAAAAAAAAAUGUUUGAGGAGAGGGAAUACAUCCAUUUGCCAAGUUUUUUUAAAUCGGUUGCCAAA